GCUCGGCUCCCGGUGUCACCGCGGGGAAGGCGGCCAGGGAGGGGCCGGGGCUGGAGGAGGAGCCCCGCCCGCUGCUCUUAAGCGCCGUGACCGGCGCUGCCCCGGCCGGCCGGGCCAUGGAGGUGGCGCGGGAUUGCGUGGGAUCGCUGCUGCGAUCUUUCCUAUCCAUGGGAGCAUCUGUAGGAGCAGUAACAAAACAGACCCUGUUCCCUCCUCUCAUGCCUGCAGGGCGCCCUUUCCGUGUGUCCAAUGCUUCCCGAAGCAGCCGGAAAGGAAUUGUUGCAAGCAGCCUGCAAGAGCUCCUCAGCAAGACUUUAGAUGCCUUUGUUAUAACUGCUGGAAUAGUAACUCUGGUUUUGGAGGAGGAUGGCACAGUUGUGGACACAGAAGAGUUCUUCAAGUCCCUGGAUGAUAACACACACUUCAUGGUUCUAGAAAAUGGACAGAAAUGGACACCAACAAAAAAUGGAGUUGUCGCUGUGAGAAAAAAGAAGAAAAUGGGAGUAGCUAACAUCACAUUUGACCUGUACAAACUGAACCCUAAGGAUUUUAUUGGCUGCUUAAACAUCAAGGCAACCUUCUAUGAGAUCUACUCUAUCUCAUAUGACAUCAAAUGCAUGGGAGCAAAAAGUGUAUUGCGGAAAGUGCUUCAGCUAAUAUCCCAUGCAGCACAAAUAACUGGACAAUUUCUUCUCUAUACUGGAACGUACAUGUUGCAGUUGAUGGGUGAAUAUGAUGAAGAUGACAUGUGCACAAGAUCCAGGCGGGAGUAGUGACCACAGCUGCACUUCUGAUGUCGAAUCCUUUUGCUUAAAGACAUUCUCUUGCUCAGUUCUGAUUGGAAUGAUGUUGCAGCAGGGGGGAUGUGCACUAAUGUGAACUAACAAUUUUCCUGUUUGGGAGUGCUUGUAGGCCUUAGGCAUGAAGUGCUGGAUGUUCACAGGCUCUUAACACCACAAAAAGAUGGAUGCCUAAUGUCUGAGAAUCUGGCAAAAGGAGAGGGGUUUUGCCCCAGCAAUUCAAAAUGGUGAAUAAGUAUAUUUGGAAACCUGCAUGUUUUGUAACCAGUGGAAUAUUUUUUACAACAAUCAAGACACUUCUGGGGUUUUUUGGGGGGGGGUAUUUUUGUUGUUGUUUUGGGGUUUCUUUUUGUUUGUUUUUAGUUUGUUUUUCAUGUCUAUCUACUUGCAUUCUGAACAGACUUGUGCUGGAAGGUGAGGGCGAGAGGACUGGGGUGGGGGGAGGCUUGUUUAUUUGUUUUAAUCCUUAACAGUGCUGGCAUUAGUGUGAAGCUGACAUUGAGGUGAAGUCUACCUAUUUACUCCUGCUGACAACGGAACUACAGAGUGUAACUUCAGUCCUACUUCAGUGGCUGUCUCUUCUCAUGAGGUCUAAUUGGAGAUUGUGCAACCACUAAGCAGAAGGUUAAGAUUUAGCCUCACUUCCCUUAAAACAAAUAAAACCUUUUCAUUAUCGUUCUUUAAAA